ACAUGACAUUUGUUUGGAAUUCGCGGAAGGAUUGUUUCUUUUAUGUGCUGCAUUUUAUUCUGUGUAAUUGGUACGAUUGCGUCAAUUCUGCAUUUUAAAGAGGAUUGCUAACUAACAGAUUUCAUUAUUUCAUUUGAACGGAAUUUUUGCUCUUAUUGAAGUUAAUUGGUGGCAACAUACUCGGAAAAUAAAGCAGGAAUCUUUUUUUGGCGAUAUUUGUAGACUGUCGUCGAGCGAACUGGGAAGCUCGACGUUGGAGAAUUUGAACUUCAGCUCUUCGACUCACGCUACAUGCUUAAGGGAGAGACUGAAGAGAAAAAAUGGAAAGGAUGGUUGAAGCCUUCAUGUAUUCCUAUCACCAUCAUUCUUGUCCUCAUCAUACUGGUUGUUUUAUUGCCUCUCAUUGGCCAGGAUGAAGUGAAAUCAGUUGAAGUCAUAACGCUUGGAGAUUAUGAUCCUGUGUUUAAAAAUUGUUCCAGUCCUUGCGCCAUUUCAUUAGUCGAAAGUAUACCAGAGAACUUAACAUAUGCCGAUGGUGAACCUGUGCAUACAUCAGUAUUUGAGAGUUGGUCUCAGCUACUUGCAUUGGCUGAAAGAUCAAUAGAUAUAGCGACAUUUUAUUCUACACUCAAAGGCCAGGAUGUUCAACCUGAUGAUCCAGAUCCUUCAUCUUGGCAAGGAGACAAGAUUUUUAGUGACCUCAUGAAAGCUGGUACAGAACGUGGUAUUAGAAUUAGAAUUGUGCAGAAUGAACCUUCCGAAUCCAUGCCUGAUUAUGAUACCAAAGAACUAGAAGUCAAAGGUGCUGCCAAAGUAAGAAAUGUAGAUUUCAAAAAAAUGCUUGGAAGUGGGGUUCUGCACACAAAAAUGUUUCUCAUUGAUAAAAAGCACUUUUAUAUUGGAAGUGCAAACAUGGAUUGGCGUUCCUUGACUCAGGUUAAAGAACUUGGUGUAGCAAUUUACAACUGCUCUUGCCUUGCCCUAGACCUUUUCAAAAUUUUCGAAAUAUAUUGGAGAUUGGGAGUGCCUAAUCCAUACAUACCGCCAGAGUGGCCUGCAGAUGUGCAGACAACAAUCAAUAAGGAUAAUCCAGUUACUGUCACCAUGAAUAACUCCCAGAUUUUGACCUAUAUGUCCAGUUCACCACCGCCUCUUUGUGCUAAAGGUCGUACAUCUGAUUUGGACAGCAUUCUAGAUACAAUCAACAGAGCUCAUACUUUUGUUUAUGUUGCUGUGAUGGACUACUUCCCAUCAUCUCUUUACAUGGACAAAACUCAUUACUGGCCUGCCAUUGACGAUGCCUUGAGAAGAGUUACUGUUGUGAAACGACUUCAAGUUCGAAUUCUAGCAAGCUAUUGGAACCACACUAAACCUGCAAUGAUGUCAUACUUGAAGUCCCUUCAAGCUUUGAACAGUGAUUUAUUUGAUAUUGAAGUAAAACUGUUUAUAGUUCCAACUUAUACUGAAGCUCAAAGUAGAAUACCGUUUUCAAGAGUCAAUCACAAUAAAUACAUGGUUACAGAUAAUGCUGCUUAUAUAGGAACGUCUAAUUGGGCUGAAGAUUAUUUUACUACGACUGGUGGUGUUGGAAUCAUUCUCAGAAAUUCUGUCUUGAACUCCACUGAAGUGAACAACCCUGUUCGGGAUCAACUUGAAGAUGUUUUCAAACGAGACUGGGCAUCAGAAUAUGCUCAUCCACUUGGAAAGUUCAAAGAUAUCACCCGUGUCAAAUGCUUGUUGGGGGUAGCUUGCCAUUCAGUACCCACAACUACUGAGCCUAUUUCAACAACACCCAUUGAUCCAGGAAUCGAGGACGCUUUGCACAGCCCAGGAAUGAAAAACAAACCUGAAUUUUGCAUUUUUAUAGUUUCAUUUGUCAUCUAUAUUUGGAAAAGUUGUGACAGCUUUCAUAUAAUAUUCAUGAGAUUUAAAAAUAACUUUUUAUAGCAUCACUCCUUGCAUUAUCAUAAGAGUGAAUACUGGCGAGUUUAUUAUCUUGAAGAUUGCGUUCUGUAAAAAGUGUUGCUUUUCACUCAUAAAGUUUUACACUGCUCGCUUUAUUUUGUUUUCAUUUUUGCAUGAAUAAAAUCAUUUAUAUCAUCGGUUUAA